AGAUCAACAACUCAUUAUCAGGAUCAGCCAUGUUUCUUGUCUGUGUCUCGGGAUUCCUCCUUGGGAUGUUGGUCCCAUUCUGUGAAGGCUUCUCACCAAGUACUGUGGCCAAUAUUAACCAGGCAGCCCUGGACUAUGUGGCAGAGAGGGGACGCUCUUCUUUCCAGAAUGCCCUGAAGAUGCAGCUCCCUGAUCUCCCUGACCCCAACCAAGGUGGCUUGCAGCGUAUCCCGGUCUUUAUGUUUGACAACAGCAUUCCCCAAUUCACUCUGAAAUUUAUCCCUAAUUACGGUAUUCGUCUUUCUGCUGCUGGCCAUGUCAAUAUGAAGGUUUUUUUAAAGAAAAAUCUCCUGAAACUACAAGUGGGUGUUAAUAUCUCGGCAGACGUAGUCAUUUCUCAAGCCACCAUAGGAUCACUACUUGUGGAUGUUUCUCUCUGCAAAUCUACCACUGAGGAGAUCAGUGUUACUUACAAAGAAGAUGAGUUAAAAGAACUAUGGAAUCCUCUGCGGGAAUAUGUUAGGGUUAUCUUACCUGACAAGCUAUGUUCGAAGCUCCAUUUCAUGGUUGAAGAACUGAAUGUUUAUAUGGGUACAAUGACUGGUAUCUAUCCUCUUGGUCCCGAAUCCCAGAUCAGCUAUUCUUUGACCCACCCCCCCACCAUCACUGAAGAACAUAUGUCCUUGAAUGUCAGUACCACGUUCUACUUGCUAGGCAAGCCGAUUGUUCUCCCUCCACGCGUGUCCUCCUUCUCCCUGCCUCAUCAAGUGGGCUCUAAGAAUGCCAUGGUUAACUUUGUACUCCCAAAGGAGCUGUUUGACUCAAUUUACUUCCUCAUGCAGAAGUCUGGGUCCAUUAAUCUAGACAUCACAGGCCAGUUGAACUCUGAAAACAAUCAGCUGACCACGUUGGUGCUGGGGAAUCUGAUUCCUGAGGUCCACCGUCAGUUCCCCAAGUCCAUGCCCAUAAUGAUGAAGGCUCGGAUCAGUUCUGUACCAACCUCUACUAUCCUCGGGGAUGAAGUGUCUUUAAAGCUCCCUUACUAUUUGGAGGUCUUGGUGGUCUCCUCUAACUCAGCCUUCAAGUCCCUCUUCUCUCUGGAUGUGAUUGUGGAACUGAAACUCAGGAUGUUUGUGUCUGGAGUGAAGUUGCAGGCUUCUAUAUCAUUCCUCAAGGAUAUCGAGCUCAAAGUGAAUGCCUCCAAUAUGGGUGUUUUUGAUCUGGAGAAGGUGAAGCCUUUAAUAACAUCCACCUUUAAGAAUCCUCUGCUGGAGCAUCUGAAUGCACUCUUUGGCCUGGGAGCCAUGCUUCCCAAUAUUGCUAAACUGAACUACAUCACCCCUGAGGUCUUUGUGCACGAGGGUUAUAUUGUGGUGUCCUGUGGACUUCAUUUCCAGAGUUGAGCAAGAAGAAGAACAUGGAGCUGUGAGAGGCUGCUGGACAGGGCAAGCUGUGUUUAACUGGACCUCUCUUGUUUGGCCAUUUUAUACAUUGAAUGAAUAUCAAAUCCAAAAUUUCUUUAAUUCUCUAAAGCCUAUUUUUGUUUUUGUUUUUGUUAGCUAUGUGAUUGUGGGUUUAUUACUGCUUUACUUGCCUGGAAUUUUUUCUUUCUCCCUUAUCCCUCCCUCACAUCCCAAUCUCAUCUAGAGGAGGAACAUACAGCUAGAUGGACCGUACAAAGAUUCCUAUCUCUUUCCUAACCCAUAUUAAAUACUUCCUCUAGUGUAUCAAUUUCCAGGCUGGGUUUGCUGAGGUCUUUAUGUUUUGGGAUCAAUUGCUGUAGACAUUUCUCUUUCUGGAAACACAUUGACCAGUUCUUCUUUGCCUCUUUGGUUGAGUCAUAAAGUAGCAGGACUGUCUUUUAACCAACCUUAGUAUACAUAGAACCAUCUCAGACACAUUAUUAUUAUAAAAGAAACAGAAAACCAAAGACCCCUUCCUUAAAAACUGGCUAGUCCCUUGGCAAAAAUGGGUAAAUAGGUGAUGAUUGUCAUCAAGUCUCCUUCUGUCUAGGAGAAAAUUGUAUUAGAGACUUUAAAAAAAGAACUUAGUCUGGAGAAGAAGUGCCUAUGGAAAGUAUGAGUGACAUGAUUAAUGUCUUCAAGUAUUAGAAAGCCUGUCAACAGUGAAAGAUGCUUCCUGCUGCAAUGAGAGUAUCUAACAUGUGAGUUUGGCUGCCCUCUGUUCUGGUCAGUUGGAAUCUGACCUCAAGUUAUUCUGGAUGUCACAUUUUAGAAAGGACACUGAUAAAAUAGAGAGUUUCCAGAGAAAUGACCUUGAGAUCAAGCCAUAGAAUGAAAAAUUAAAGGAAUUGGGAUCAUAUAGCUUGCACAAGGGAAGGUUUGGGGGUUCAUAAAAUCCCUCAAGUAUUUGAAGAUCUGUCAUGGAAAUCUUGUUCUGCUUGUCCCUAGGAAGGAGAACUAAGAGUGAUGGAUAGAACUGUCAGAAAUUUUUGGUCCAAUUUGAGAGGAAACUUCUUCAUGAUUAGAUCUAUCCAAAAGGUGGAUGAACAUCCUUGAGAAGUCUUGAAGUAUAGUUUGGAUGACUGGUUAUCAGGAAAGUUGCAGAGGAGAUUUCUGCUCAAGGAUAGGUUAAAAGCUGAGUUUUUUCCAUUUCUGAGAUUCUGUGAUAUUAAGGAUGAAAAUAGAUAGAAGAUGUAGCAGUGGUAUGGGAUGUUGAACUUAUUUCAAAUGAUGUUACUUAUUCAUGCAUUAAAAAUUCAUUAAUCUAUUUGUUAAUAAUAAAAAUUAUUUAG